UCCUUCAGCCUCACCUGCAGCUGGCUGACUCGCACACAGUUGGCUGCACUGUGUGCUCAUCUCGGUGAUCUCUAUGAGGCCACUGGGGGCGCUGUGGUGCUCUUUUCCUGGGUGCAGUUUCUCAGAGAAGACGCUCUGAGGUUCCUGAACAUCCACAGUAAGCUGGAUCUUCCUCCUGAUGAACGCAGCACCCUGCAUUAUAACCAGGACCAACACGAUGCUGAACCCUCAGGACCAAAGAACAAUUCAGAGCCAGAGUUCUCUGUACCAUCCUCGGAAGUUCAGGAGAAUCCUUCUGACGGGAGCCGCACAGACUCUCAGGGAGCUUCGGCUUUAGACUCCUGCAAGCAUGACCAGAAGGAUUUGAACUCUCACCAGAGCCAGAGUGAUCUAACCUCAGAUUAUCAAAGAGCUCUUUCUCCAGAGCCUGCACUCCAAAACCAAACUGCACACACUCCAGAUGUGACAAUCCUCCAAGCCUCAGAGUUUAAGGUUGAUCCCCAGGAUGAUCUUUCUUCAUCUGCAGAGAAAUCCAAGCAUCAUCAAAGUGUCCGGGGAGUUUUCUUAAAUGAAGGAGAUGCUUCUCUCUCAUCGCUGCUUCCCUCUACCUCCUCAGGCACGUUAGAUCCAAGUGAACUUGGAGCUGCUUCUCUGCCGGUCCACCCCACAGAUUCUCCUCAGAGUGAAGAGCAAACCCUCUCUGGUCUCUUUUUAACUCCAUCACAGACUCUGCUGUCCCACAUUUUGAUCUAUAAUGCGGCCCAGAAACAGAAAGUGUUUGCCACCACCGUCUUUGACUGCGGGGUUUGUUUUAUGGGCCGACUCGGGUCCGAGUGCGUGAAGCUGUCACCGUGUGGCCACGUCUUCUGCCGGGCCUGUCUCUGCGAGUUCUGUACGGUUCAGAUCACAGAGGGGAACGUCCGGGGUGUCACCUGUCCUCAGGCAGACUGCGCUGGUGCUCCUACACCUGCACAGGUGCAGAGUCUGGUAGGGGAGAAGCUGUUUGACCGCUAUGACCGUCUCCUGCUGCAGAACACUCUGGACAGCAUGUCUGAUGUGACGUACUGUCCUCGAACAUCCUGUGGCUCUGCUGUGAUUUUGGAGAAGUCCAGCAAGGCAGCGCUUUGCUCUGCGUGUGGCUUUGCCUUCUGCGUCAUAUGCAGAAAAACCUACCAUGGAACGGGGAAGUGUGAGACCAAGAAAAAAUAUGCUGAAAGAUAUAUAAUAGACCUGCCACAGUCACAAGGUACACAGAUAUAUGCUGUGUGACCACAAAGAAUAAUAAAAAUGACAACAUC